AUGAACGGCACUCCAUCUGACGCGGAGGAUGUCCGUUCCCUUUUGUCUGUCACGUCCGUCAAUCCUACACCAGAUACAUUGACUAAGCUCGUGAAGCGAUUAAGGGCCUUGACUCUCACACUUUUGCCAGUGGAAGCUGACAUUGAGAGCAUCAGCGAACCUACAAGCAGAAUCAUUACUCCUCAAGUCAUCAGUGCGUACAAGGCCGCGGCGGGAGACUUCACAGAGGCUCUUCCCUACUGCCUUCUACGCGCGAGAGCUGAGUUUAUCUGGGAUGCAAACCAUAACCCGGCCGACUAUGGAGAAAAUAGAGGACGAGCCAUUGCGUGUGAGGUUUUGGCGCGGCGUAUUGUGCACCUAGCAGAACCGAGCCGUGUCAAAGAUAUAAUGGCGAAGCGUUAUCAGCAUCGUCAAAUUGACGGGGACGAAAGCGAAAUGUCCAGCGCUCUAGAAAUGGCAAUCGACCAACACUGUACCAUAUUCUUGUCGUCUAGUGAAGCCCAAGAAGUUGUCAACGCAUUGUGGACAGGAGACCUCAUUCAAAAGAAUAAUGAAAACCACGAUAUUGAUUACGUUGUAUACGCCGACACCCGAGAACAUUCGUUUUGGGGUCAUUUUGAUCCCUCACGUUUGUCUGUACCGAGGUAUCAGAAUAUUUUUCGCAUAACUGUGUGGUUGUUUUUCCUGGUCGUUUACUCUCGGGCGGUUCGAGAACCAUUGGAACGCUUAAACGAUGCACACCGCGUGCUAGACGGGUGGGAACUCGUACUCUAUGUGAUGGCCUUGUCGUUUACCGUUGAAGAUCUUCAUAAACUAUACAUACUUCUACGAUUUGUGACAUGGCGCGCGUUUUCCUUCUGGAAUGCAGUCGCAUUCGUCACAGAUACUUUGCUAAUAUCGGCUUUCAUACUUCGGGUCAUUAGCCUGAUUGCUGAAGGAGAAAAGGAAUCAGUCAUGCGUCUCCGAAGUUUUCAGUCUAACCUUUUUAACAGGAUGAAGCUUGUCACUAUUUUCGACGGCUAUAAAUAUAUUGGCACAAUGCAAAUUUGUGUAGCUCGCAUGUUAAAAGAAUCAGGGAUUUUUUUUGCUCUACUAUCGGUCCUUGCUGUCGGGUUUGCACAAGGCCUUUAUGCUUUGGAUGCCGCUGAUGGCUCAACGGAGCCUCCCUCUACACAUUACUUCAGUGCGCCCAACCCACGUUUUCUGAAAACUAAGAGAUUGACCUUGAUUUCCAGAGCACCUGAUUACGGAAAGUUUGCAGCAAGCCCAACCGGUCUUAUGCUCUAUUAUCUAUGGAAUGCCGUGACAGCUAUCAUUUUGUUGAAUGUGUUGAUUUCUCUGUUCUCGUCUGCCUACUCAGAUGUUAUCGAAGACGCAGAAGCACAAUAUCUAGCUUUCUUCGCCAGCAAGACCGUUGGGAUGAUAAGAGCUCCCGAUUCAUAUGUAUACCCUGCACCUUUUAAUCUCAUCGAGGCCUUUCUGGUGGCUCCUUUAGAAUUCCUUCCAUUUAUUCGACUGAAAGAGAAGACAUACGCAAAACUUAACCGAUAUGUCAUGGGCUUCAUAUUUAUUCUUCCAUUGACACUGAUCGCUUUUGUGGAGUCGACAUUUGAUCGACGUAAACAUACUUGGAUGGAAAAUUGGUUUAGAGGAAAUGAUGAAGGCAGUGAAGAUUUGCCCGAAAACAGAGAUCCUGUUGUAGAUGAUCCUAACUGUCAGGGAUUGGAGAUCAGUAAAAUCCCAUUCGAAGAAUUGAUCAAAGUAUUCCCGAAUACUGUCCAGUCGACCGAAGCUACGAUCUUGAAAGAAAUCGGCACUGUCAAACAACAAUUGCAAGAGUUGUCACAGAAGAUCGACCGUCUGCAGCAGUCUUAA